AUGGAAGUGGAAGGAGUGCAAGAAGCUCACUUACAACAAGGACAAGAUGGGGAAGUAACAGAAGCAGGGGCUAUAACUGAGGUAGGAGCUGCUACAACGGUAAGCGAACCAAAAAAAACCCCUCAAAGGCGUUCUAAAGUUUGGAAACAUUUUAGUAGGAAUAAAAAUUUGGUUGUGUGUAAGUAUUGUGGGAAAGAAUAUGCCGCAAAUAGUUCUAGUCAUGGCACAACUAACCUGGGAAAACAUUUAAAGGUGUGCCUAAAAAACCCAUAUAGGGUAGUUGAUAAAAAACAAAAGACUUUAGCCAUUGAAAUAGGAAGUGAGGAUGACCGUAAUAGUGUUAGUUUUAAACUUGUUGAUUUUAGUCAAGAGAAGACUAGAUUGGCACUUGCGAAAAUGAUUAUUAUUGAUGAGCUUCCUUUUAAACAUGUUGAAAACGAAGGAUUUAAGAUGUUCAUGGGUAAGGCUCAACCAAAAUUUAAAAUUCCUUCUCAUGACUCCGUUGCUAGAGAUUAUUUGAGGUUGUACUUUGAUGAGAAAGAAACCUUGAAAUAUUUGUUGUCUGCAAAUAAUCAAAUGGUGUCUCUUACAACUGAUACUUGGACAUCAAUUCAAAACAUGAAUUAUAUGUGUGUGACAGCUCAUUAUAUUGAUGAUGAGUGGAUUUUGAAGAAAAAAAUAUUGAGUUUCAAUAUAAUUGCUGACCAUAAAGGUGAAACCAUAAGAAUAGCCUUAGAAAAUUGCAUGAAGGACUAG